CUGGUAAUGGGGUUAAGUUAGGGUUACUCCCCAAAGGGUACCCUAAGGCACUUUGGUCCUUAGACCAAUUACAGGCCAUUCAGACGGCCAUCCUGGAGGAGGUGAGGCGGCAGCGAAAGGGCUCUGUGAAGCCCAAGUUUAGCGGUUGCACCUUCCGUCCGGGAUGGAUGUCCAUUGGCUGCGGAGACGCUAUAACGCUGGAAUGGCUGCGCAAGGUAUCCCAAACCCUGAAGCCUUGGAAGGGCGCGGAAAUUGUGGCAAUGAAUGCCACUGACGUGCCCAAACCCAGUGUGUACGUUGGGUACUUUCCGGAGCCAUCAACCACUCCAGUGGACAGUAUCCUUGGCCUUGUCGAGGGUCAGAACGAAGGGCUGCGGGUAGGUAGCUGGAGGGUGCUCAACAGGGUACAGAAGGGACCCACCACUGAGCUCACUCUAGCGGUUGACCCGCACUCAGCGGAGACACUCGACAGGCUGGGAUACUUAGUCAAUUAUGGAUAUGGCAGGGUGCGCAUCCAUAAAAAAGGGAAGACGACUGAGUCGUCAGACCCGAAGGGUGCGCAGCCUGCUAUAGCCAGUUCCUCCUCCGCUGCACAAAGUGCGUGCUUCAAAGAGGGACCUUGCGGUUCCAAGGACGUACCCAAGGGACUGCAAAGGUUACCUUCAGAGCAGUCAGGGGCAGCGGAGAAGGAAAAAGCACCUGUCCAGGAGUCCAUAGAGCGGCCCUGCUGCUCAGAAGACACUCCUGGCACGGAAAAGAGGGUACCUUCCAGCCCAGAGAGAUCAAAGGCCCCUUUCGCCCAAAAUCCCUUCCGUCCUCCGCUAAAUGCGAGUCGGAGACAAGGUCGAGGGGAGAUUUCAAUGGAGGAGAAGACCCUGAUGGCCACCAAUAGGGGGAAAAAGAUGGCCAAGCGGGCUUCAAGGCCGAAAAAUGGCAAACCCCCCAAGCGAUAGGCCUAGGCACAUCAAGUGCCUGCAAGUGAACCUCCAUCAUGCAAAGGCGGCCUCUGACGUCUUAUGCAGGAGGUUCAAAACAGAACUCUUGGAUGUCGCAUUCAUCCAAGAACCGUGGGUUUUCGCCGGGGCUAUUAAAGGCCUAAACGACUGUGAUGAGUUGACACAACAGGACUUAGCUGCUGUAUGGACUAAAGUGCCCACUCAAAUGGGAGAACAAGAGGUCGUUCUCGCUUCAGCUUACCUC